AUGGCGGCCCUAGUGGAGGCGACGACCGAGAAGCAGUUCGAAGAUUUGCUCUCCAAAGCCGGGAAAAACCUCACGGUGGUGCAUUUCCAGGCGGCAUGGGCCCCCCAGUGCGGGCAGAUGAACGAAGUGAUGUCCGAGCUGGCCAGGGAGCACGCGCAUGCGCACGCGACGUUCGUCAAGCUCGAGGCGGAAGCGGUUCCCGAGGUGUCCGAGAGGUACGAGAUCUCCUCGGUGCCCACUUUCCUCUUCUUCAGGGGCGGCGAGAAGGUGGACCGGCUGGACGGGGCCCACGCCCCGGAGCUGGUUAAGAAGGUCCAGCGGCUGUCGGCGGCCGGGGGCCCGGCCGGGUCCGCGGGGGAGGCCGUUGGGGAGGCCGGUGGGGACCUGAACCAGAGGCUGAAGAAGCUGGUGAACGCGGCCCCCUGCAUGCUGUUCAUGAAGGGCGCCCCGCAGGAGCCCCGCUGCGGGUUCAGCCGCCAGAUAGUGGCCCUGCUCAAGGAGCACGGCGUCCAGUUCAGCAGCUUCGACAUCCUGUCCGACGAGGAGGUGCGCCAGGGGCUGAAGGCCUUCUCCAACUGGCCCACCUACCCGCAGCUGUACGUGAACGGGGAGCUGGUGGGGGGGGUGGACAUCGUGCGGGAGCUGGCCGAGUCCGGGGAGCUGGAGAACACGUGCCCCCGGGCGGGGGCCACCCUGGAGGGGCGGCUGAAGGCCCUGGUCGGCCGCAGCCCCGUGGUGCUGUUCAUGAAGGGCAGCCGGGGGAACGCCAAGUGCGGCUUCAGCCGGCAGAUCCUGGAGCUGCUGGACGGCGCCGCGGUGGAGUACGACACCUUCGACAUCCUGCAGGACGAGGAGGUGCGGCAGGGCCUGAAGGCCUACUCCAACUGGCCCACCUACCCGCAGCUCUACGUCAACGGGGAGCUCAUCGGGGGCCUGGACAUCGUCAAGGAGCUGAAGGAGAGCGGGGAGCUGGGGGCCGUGCUGAGGGGGGAGUCGUAG